GAUCCAGACCGGCCCUUAGGGCUCAGAGUGCUCUUCGCGCGCGCGGCGACGAUUGCCGCUGCCGUCGUUGGUACUUCAACGUUGCGAGUUGUCUGCGAAGAAGAGGGCACAGUGUCGUCACUGCUUGGACUGUUCGCAGAACAUCCCGCCUUGACAGAGAAUCUUGCUCAGUUUGGGCCAUUGCAGAUCACCCGAGAGGAGAACUCGGUUUCCCCAGGCGGGUUCUGUCACCUUCCGUUUAGGAGCCGCAGUGUUCCAAAGCCGAUCUCCCAUCACAUUGCGUCCGAGCAACAGGUGUUUGUUGGGGUAGACUACGGCCGCUCAGAUAUCAAGGUGGCGAUCCUGGACAUUUCAGGAAAGCUACUCUCCAAGUAUGUCACACGAUGGUGGACGAAAGCUGAGUCUGGAGAAAUUACCUAUGUUGAUCCAGCAAUACUGAAAUGUCACAAGAUGCACAUCCUAUGUCUGGCGGAGGCUGCCAUGGCAGCCUUGGCAGAGGUCCCCGAUCCUGAAACAAAGUCCGUUUGCGGACUGGGCCUCAGUGCUGCGGGAUGUGUCAAGAAUG